UUUAUGAUAAUUGUAAAAAAAAUUUUUUUUUUUUUAUCAAUAUCGUGGAAAAAAUUUCGAAAAUUUUUUUUCGUUCCUGCAGCUAACGCAGGACGGGCCUGUUAGUAAUUAUCAAAAUCAAAUUGCACUCGCAAAUAUGAUAGCAAGAAAAUUGCGGAGAAGUGUAUUAUAGCGAAUAAAUGUUAUUUAUACGGCACUAGCGUUUUGCGUUUUAAAGUUUAAUGACCUUAUUGAUAUCUAUUUUCAAUUUGUUUUUUUUUUUAUGAUUACUAUGUACUAUUAUUUUUUUUUGUUUUUCUAAUAUUUACCGUGGUGUGCGUCAAGUUUUGAGUACAGAGUAGUCAUUAAUUUCUUAUCCUCGCAUUAUUUUUAUCGCUCAAUUUAUCAUUUUAAUAGGGGUUUUUUCUCAAUUUUAUGUUUCUUGCAUUCGUUAUCGUCACUAUUUUGUGUUUGUUCGGCGUACACAACGAAGAAGAAUCGAACUACUAAAAAACCGAAAAAAGCUGGUUUCCAAAUUUUAUAUACUCAGUGUUAUGGGAGAUUAUAGAACUUGAUCUGGUUGCUUUAAUAACAAGACAAUUUUGAAUAUUUCAAUGCGGUCCACUACUGAGGACAAUAUGAAUUCACUAGCACCACAACAAUAUUGUUUACGGUGGAAAUAUCAUCACUCAAAUUUACAAGCAAUGUUCUCUCAACUUUUAGAACGAGAAAGUUAUUGUGAUGUUACAUUGGCUUGUGAAGGAAAAACUCUAAGAGCUCAUAAGGUUAUGCUUUCAGCCUGUAGUACUUAUUUUGAUUCUAUACUAUCUCAACACGAUGAGGAUAAAGCAAUAGUUAUUCUUAAAGAUGUUAAGUUCUCUGAUAUUCAAGCACUAGUCAGUUUUAUGUAUAAGGGAGAAAUAAAUGUUGAAAAUACCGAGCUUUCAUCACUGUUAAAAACUGCAGAAGAACUUAAAAUUAAAGGGUUGGCUGAAGUCUCAUGGAGAUCAGAUCAAGAUCAGCAAAAUCAAAAUCUUAAUGUAACUACUGACGAGUCAAAUAUUAGUAAAAAAAGAAAAUUAGAUACAGUAACACCUACUACUACUGCUAAUAUAAAAAAAGAAUUUAUAGAGAAACAAGAAACUGAUGAUAUGGAUGUAGCAGAUAUUGAAAAUGAUUCUGAACCAGAUCAAUCAAUCUGGGAACCAGAAAUGCAACAUGUUGUUGAUACAGACAAUGUAGAGCUUUCUAAAACAACAACUGGAAAUGUUAAUGUAACAACUUUUUCAUCUGAAGAAGAUAGAGCAAACAGCACUAGCGGUGCCAAUCUAGGGUUCAGUGAACAACCAGCACAUGCUCCUGAUCUAAGUCAAUAUUCUGAUGUAAUGAAAAUGAAUGACUAUCUAGAAUCUGGUGGUCGCCGUCCUCAGUUUUGGGAAGAACCUUUUACUAAAAGACUUAUGGAAGCAAUAAAAAAUAAAGACCUAGAAAUGAAAGUAGCUGCUGAGUUAAUGGGAGUAUCUUAUGGAACUUUAUAUGGACGAUACCGAGAUGCUUACGGUUGUCUAAAACAUCCAUACAGAGUUCGAGAUUUUUGGUUGGAACAAGGUCCAGCUGAUGUAUUAGCUAAAUUGCAAAGAAAAGAAUUAACCCUUUUUCGAGCAGCUGAAAUUCUAAAUGUUACUGUAACAACUUUAGCUAAUUACUUGUCAACAAUGAGACAAGGUGAUAAUUCACUUACAGUAGCUUCUGCUACAGUAAGUGCUAGUGAUAGGUCAACUUUUAGAGUUGAUGUUAUGUCUGAAAGUGAUAGAGAAGAAGGCUCUGAAGAAGAAGAACACGAAAAUAAUGAUGAAACUGAUAUUAUAACAAAUAGUAACACCCAACCUCAACAAAAUAUACCAGACAUCACUUUUGUACCAGCGCCAGGUACAAUGUCUAAAGUAAAUAAUCUAAAUGGUAACUAGCGUUAUAAUUGUAUAAAUUUACAAAAAUAUAGUUAACCUGUUAUAAGUUCUAAAAAAUUUAAAUGAUAU